ACUGUAGUCCUUCAGUCGGUUGGUACAACCACAAUGGGACAUGCUACUUUUAUCAAGACCACAGUGAAACUGCGGCUACUGAUCUCAAUAUAAAAUGUAAUAGUGCUGGCGAGCGGUUGAAGAUUUAUUCCACUAACGACAUGGAUUUCAUCGACAAGUAUAUUGAUAGUAGUGUCUUGGUUGACAUUGGAAUUGAAUCUGAUGGCGCAUCAUGGGUUUAUAUUGAUGGAAAUCCACUAAACAUAACCAUGUGGGACACAGCUGCAGGUCAUCCUAACAACUCCAUAGGCAACUGUUCUGCAGUAUACCCUGGUCAACUGUGGCAGUCU